GGAGGGCCUGGGUUUGGGGCGCCCGCCCGCCGUGACGCGCGCCCCCCGCCCGCUGCAGCGCCGCUGCAAUGGCCGAGCGGGACCUUCAGACGCCGCCGCCGCCCGCGGGGAGCCCCGGUGAGUGAGAAGAUGUAGUGGGGCGGCAGCAGGCACACCUGCCCAGCUUGGCGUGGACAGCCCAGCCCAGCCCGGCGGCCGCCCCAGCGCCCCUCGGGCUCCCUCACCAUGUCCAAGAAGGGCCCGGGCAGCCGAGCCAAGGGGGACAAGGCCGAGGCCUUUGCUGCUCUGCAGGCCGCCAACGAGGAGCUGCGGGCCAAGCUCACGGACAUCCAGAUUGAGCUGCAGCAGGAGAAGAGCAAGGUCAGCCGGGUGGAGAGAGAGAAGAACCAGGAGCUGAAGCAGGUGCGCGAGCACGAGCAGCACAAGAACGCGGUGCUGCUCACGGAGCUGAAGAGCAAGCUGCACGAGGAGAAGAUGAAGGAGCUGCAGGCCGUGCGCGAGACGCUGCUGCGCCAGCACGAGGCCGAGCUGCUGCGCGUCAUCAAGAUCAAGGACAACGAGAACCAGCGGCUGCAGGCGCUGCUGCACGCCCUGCGCGACGGCGGCCCCGAGAAGGUCAAGACCGGGCUGCUGUCCGAGGCCAAGGAGGAGGCCAAGAAGGGCUUCGAGGUGGAGAAGGUGAAGAUGCAGCAGGAGAUCCUGGAGCUCAAGGGGGCCAAGCGGCAGGUGGAGGAGGCGCUGACCGUGGUCAUGCAGGCCGACAAGAUCAAGGCCGCGGAGAUCCGGAGCGUGUACCACCUGCACCAGGAGGAGAUCUCCCGCAUCAAGAAGGAGUGUGAGCGUGAGAUCCGCAGGCUGAUGGAGGAGAUAAAAUUUAAGGACAGAGCAGUCUUCGUGCUGGAGAGAGAGUUAGGGAUUCAAGCCGGGCAUGCUCAGAGACUGCAGCUCCAAAAGGAGGCUCUCGAUGAGCAGCUGUCCCAGGUCAGAGAGGCUGACCGGCACCUGGGCAGCCCCAGACGGGAACUUCCUUGUGCCAGCGGUGCAGGAGACGCCUCAGACCACUCGGGAAGCCCUGAACAGCAGUUGGAUGAAAAGGAUGCCCGGCGUUUCCAACUUAAAAUCGCAGAGCUAAGCGGCAUCAUUCGGAAACUCGAGGACCGGAACGCCUUGCUGUCGGAAGAGAGGAAUGAGCUGCUAAAGCGUUUGAGAGAAGCUGAAAGCCAGUACAAGCCUCUGCUGGAUAAAAACAAGCGGCUCUCUCGGAAAAACGAGAGUCUGUCUCACACGCUGCGUCGAAUGGAAAACAAGUUGAAGUUUGUCACUCAGGAGAACAUAGAAAUGAGACAAAGAGCCGGCAUCAUAAGGAGACCCAGUUCCCUCAACGACCUGGAUCAGAGUCAAGAUGAGAGAGAGAUUGACUUCCUGAAACUCCAAAUCGUGGAGCAGCAGAACCUCAUCGACGAGCUGUCCAAGGCGCUGGAGACGGCCGGCUAUGUGAAGAGCGUGCUAGAGCGCGACAAGCUUUUGAGGUUUCGGAAGCAGAGGAAGAAGAUGGCCAAGCUGCCCAAGCCGGUGGUGGUGGAGACCUUCUUCGGGUACGAUGAGGAGGCUUCCCUGGAAUCGGACGGCUCCUCCAUAUCCUACCAAACCGACAGGACGGACCAAACCCCCUGCACCCCGGACGACGACCUGGAGGAGGGCAUGGCCAAGGAGGAGACGGAGCUGCGGUUCCGGCAGCUGACCAUGGAGUACCAGGCCCUGCAGCGCGCGUACGCCUUGCUGCAGGAGCAGGUCGGAGGGACGCUGGACGCAGAGCGAGAAGUUAAGACCCGUGAGCAGCUCCAAGCAGAAGUGCAGAGAGCGCAGACUCAGAUAGAGGACCUGGAGAAGGCCCUGGCCGAGGAGGGACAGGACAUGAAGUGGAUUGAAGAGAAGCAAGCCCUGUACCGGAGAAACCAAGAGCUUGUGGAAAAGAUUAAGCAGAUGGAGACGCAAGAGGCUCGGUUAAAACACGACGUCCAGGAUGUGAAAGACCAGAACGAGCUGCUGGAAUUCCGGAUCCUGGAACUGGAGGAGAGGGAGCGGAAGUCACCCGCCAUCAACUUCCACCACAUCCCCUUCGUGGACGGCAAGAGCCCCCUGCAAGCGUACUGUGAGGCGGAAGGCGUGACGGACAUCCAGGUCACAGAGCUGAUGAAGAAGCUGGACAUCUUGGGGGACAACGCCGUAAGUAAUCUGACCAAUGAAGAGCAAGUGGUUGUCAUACAAGCCAGGACCGUCCUGACGUUGGCUGAGAAGUGGCUCCAGCAGAUGGAAGAGAUGGAGACAGCCCUGCAGCGGAAAAUGGUCGACCUGGAGAGUGAGAAGGAGCUGUUCAGUAAGCAAAAGGGCUACCUGGACGAGGAGCUGGACUACAGGAAGCAGGCCCUGGACCAGGCCCACAAGCACAUCCUGGAGCUGGAGGCCAUGCUGUUCGACGCCCUGCAGCAAGAGGCGGGGGCCAAGGUGGCCGAGCUGCUGUCGGAGGAGGAGCGGGAGAAGCUCCGGGCGGCCGUGGAGCAGUGGAAGCGCCAGGUCAUGAGCGAGCUGCGCGAGCGGGACGCCCAGAUCCUGCGGGAGCGCAUGGAGCUCCUGCAGCUGGCACAGCAGAGAAUUAAGGAGUUAGAAGAAAGGAUAGAGGCCCAGAAGAGGCAAAUAAAGGAACUGGAGGAAAAGCUUUCAUUCUGUGGUCAUAGCUCGCCCGGGCACCCUGACGUGCCCCCAGAGGAGCCGGACCCCGUCCCUCUGGCUGGACUGCACAGCAGCGGGCGCCUGGGUGGCACGUGGAGGCGGCCUGCGCCACCCCUGCGUGCCCCGGAGGCUCUGGUCUGGGCGGACGCCCUCCCGGGGAGGCAGCGGCCGAGAGGGGGGCUCCGGCUGCUCUGAGCGGGCGGCUGUCCGCCCUGACGAGCCCGGGUGAGAACUGGUUUCCUGACGGGGCUCCACGGAAGGGCUUGGUCCUGGCUGCUGGACCCUGGGGCCCCUCCUUGGGAUGCAGCCCCCCCAGUUCCCGUUCCGGGGACGUGAAUGUUCCAGAAGCAAACUGUGCAGGUGCCAAGGGCGUGUCCCAGAGCCGGCACCCCACCCCUCCUGGUUCCCGCAGCAGCUGUGACCUGGUCUCCGAGGAGGAUUCUCAGAAAAACGCAGCUGCCCCACAGGAAGACCGAGUGUGGCUGUGGCCGCGACGGUGGCCUGUGGUCACCGCGUUCCGGACGUCCCGAGGGGGUCUCCCUGGGCCGCCACCGCUGGGCUGCGCUGACGCUGCGACUCGCUCACUGGGGUCCCUGCACUGACUGAUGGACCCAUCACGAUGCCCGCCCUCGUUUGAGGCUGACGCCCCAGGGCACAGAUGGGGCUGCGGCUGCCAUGCUGUUCCAUGCCAUCGCCGGGGCCUCCUCACCGCCGGAGACGUGAAGGCUGAGGCUGGUGGGACUGAGCAUGAUGACGGCAGGUGGAUGACACAGCGGCCCCCUGGACAGGGCUCUGACCUCCUCAGAGAUCCAGUGGCCACCUCCAGCAGCAGCCCAGACCCCAUGGAGGCCUGGGUGCUGGUCUCCGCCCGCCCAAGGCCUGCAGGCCGCAGGGAGUUGAGUGGGGUUGAAGCUGCCCUGUCCAGAACUCUGCCCUUGGAACUCUGCGAAGGACAGCAGGGCACCUGGGAAGGUGAGGAGGGAGCCGGACGCCGAGGUGGCGAGCAGAGGAAACGGCACACGUGGAAGCCAGGGUUAGUGUGAUUUCCCUUCCCGCCGAGGGCUCGGUCCGCAGCCCAGGAACGCCGCCCAGCACUGGGAUGCAGCCCAAUAUCCAGCUCUUCUUCUGUGGGCCUCGCCCCUGGAUAGACUAAGGUUGUUGCUCUCGGUGCUGAAGUUGCAAGGGGUGUGUGCAUGCACGCGCGCGCACGUGUGCAUGUGU